AUGUCUUCGUCUACUGUUGAACAGCCUUCAUCGGUGAAUAACGCUGCUCCGGCACGGCCUGAGCCGGCUUCUACAUCUAUUCCAUCUGCGUCUGCCGCCGCAACAAAUACCCAUUUUCCGCGCAUAUCUAUCACUUAUUGCACGCAAUGUAAAUGGCUCUUGCGCGCUGCAUACUUCGCCCAAGAACUGUUAUCGACGUUUAGUACAGACGUGGGCGAAGUCGCACUGGUUCCUGCCACGGGCGGGAUAUUCCAAGUCGAUUUGUUCGUUGCCGGUGCCAGUGCAUCCCAAGACAUUCAGGUCCAAACGCAUAGACUGUGGGAUCGGAAAGUAGAUGGCGGGUUUCCAGAAACAAAAGAACUCAAGCGUCGACUCCGAGACGUGAUCCAGCCGGGCCGCAACCUCGGGCACGUUGACCGCGUGCAUGCCAAGCCGGCGGGUCCAGAUGCAGCUGCAGCUACAACGUCUACAGUGUCUCCAUCUACAUCUACAGUGUCGGCUACACCCGCGGCUGCAUCCACUGCAUCCACUGCGUCUACUGCGUCCACUGCAACAUCCGGACCUGCACCGACCGCACCGAAUGCAUCGAAAGCAUCGAAAGCAUCGAACCCAGACAUAGCAGGGAAAGGUCCAGUAUGCGAGGACUGCGUCUAA